AUGGAUGAGACAGGUAUAUCGACAACCACCAAUAAGCCACCUAAAGUACUAUCAAAGAAAGGAAAGAAACAGGUUGGCAGAAUUGCCAGUGCAGAACGUGGUAAUGCCGCUGGUUCGUUUCUCCCACCAUUCUUAAUUUUUGCUAGGGAAAAGAUGCAACCCAGAAUACUUGAUGGUGCGCCACCCGGCACUCAAGGAACCUGUACUCCAAAUGGUUGGACAACCAUGAGAGCCUAA